AUGAAGACAGAGCUCGUCUCUUAUUUGUUUCUCUCUUAUUUAACUUUGCUAGUGUCUGGUACUCCUCAGUUCAUUACAUGUCCUAGUUCAGUGUGUCUCUCUCGACCAGUUACUUAUGAGUGUAACAGUGGAGUAAAUACUCUUAUAUGGAGAGUGCUAGAUACUAAUGGUGUUAGUGUUGGUACUGAGUCUUAUACUGAUUUUGAAGAUGAUGUUGGUGCUACUGUUUCUAUUGGUAGUCAGUUUGAUACUGUCUUGACUGUUGAUGGAUCUUCUCUUGUUUCUAAUAUAACAUUCACUCCUAUGUUAAAUAUCAGUAAUUAUAUUGUCCAAUGUGCAGAUCCUACUGGGACUUUAAUGAACUGUUCUAUAGUAAUAGCAGAUAUUCCAAUUGCUGUUAUGCCUGAUAGUUUCAACUAUAGAAUACCUCCCUCUGAAUAUGUUCAAGUUAACUGGCUACUGCUAAGUCCCAAUCCUUGUAUCUCUCACUACAUUGUUAUUAGGACUAGUUCAACUGAUAGUGUUAAUUUUACCACCACUACUAAUGAGGGGCUUCUGAGAUUACCAUUACCUUCACUUAAUGACACACUAUAUACUUUUGGUGUAUUAGCUGUUGAUACUGGUGGUAGAUCUCUUCAUACUCCAUUUAAUAAUGUUACAUUUAUACCUAAUGUUCCUGGAUUUGUUACUGAUCUGACAUUAACACAAACUGAUUAUCCAACUGAUAUUAAUGAUACUGUUAACAUCACUGUAUCAUGGAAUCCACCACCACAAUUAUCACAAGAACCUUUGCUAGUUCGAUAUUUUGUUCAUUAUAAUGUUUCUGAUGUACCUCAAAAUAUUACUGUACCACAUUACCAUGGUGCUACUCCAACUACAAGGCCUUAUUUGAGGACUCUAUCUGGUUUUACAGUAGGAUCAGAAUAUACUGUUGGAGUAGCUGCUGUUAAUAAUAUAGGAACUGGUUCUAUUACGUCAACUACAAUAACUAUACUUGCUACACCACCACCACCUGAAAUACCUUCAACUAGUACAGUUGAUUUCACUUCUUCUUUUACUUCAGGCAUUAGUGCAACUCCUACUAUGACUCCAUCAAGCAGCAUGACUCCUCCUACUCAAGAACCAUCACGACUUAGUGCUGGUGCUAUUGCUGGUAUAGUAAUUGCCAUCAUUGGACUGAUAGUUUUGGUUAUAUGUGGUGAUUGCUAUUGUAUGUUAUGUUAACAAGAAAAACAAAGACAAAGAUUCUUCUGUUACUCCUAGUCCUCCUCAAACAUUUGAAGUAAAUUUAC